UCUCCCUUAAGAUAUGGUGUUAAUUUCAAAACUUGUGUUACAAACCAUGUUAGUGUUUUGGGACUGAUGGGACUUUUAACUUGGAUUCAGCUGUGAGCAUCUGUGUUUAGAAGGGGAGAAAGAACUUGUGUUGGAUCUCUUCAAUCUCCUAUACCAAGUUUCAUGUCUGAACUCGACAUCCAAAUACCUAGUGCCUUCGAUCCAUUUGCAGAGGCUAAUGAUAAGGACUCUGCCGGGGCAAAGGGGUACGUUCAUGUGCGUAUACAGCAGCGUAACGGUAGGAAACGCUUGACCACUGUCCAGGGCUUGAAGAAGGAAUUCAGCUAUAGUAAAAUACUCAAGGACCUUAAGAAAGAAUUUUGCUGCAAUGGUACUGUUGUCCAGGAUCCAGAGCUGGGCCAGGUCAUUCAACUUCAAGGUGAUCAACGAAAGAAUGUUUCUACCUUUCUAGUUCAGGCUGGCAUUGCAAAGAAGGAACAUGUCAAGAUUCAUGGUUUUUAAGCAGCACUCUCAGCAGUAGCAGAUAUACUUAAAUGUUUGCAACUGCUGUUUCAUGUAAGAGAUCAUACAAUUUAUAUGGCUCUAAGACUCGAGUAUAGUGUCUAUAAUGUAUUUUCAAUUUCUGUCAAACUAAUAUU